AUCCUCUACAUCACUGCUAUGGAUGCUGAUACCACAAGUCCCCACAAUGUAGUCCGUUAUGAUUUGAAAGGAGAAGCCAACACCAUUGACCUCUUUAUGGUGGAUGAUGUUAGUGGCGCCCUUAUGCUACGAGAUCUGUGUAUUCCAGCAACAUCAAUAUUCAGCAGAACACAUUCUCAUUCCAAGGAUAUGCAUAUGACCUUGGUACCCCAAACUCGCUCGACACAAGUCAGCUGGCCAAUAUCUUUACUACUGUUGUCCGUAACAACUUCCCACUCGAGUUUAUCAACACUUCAUACAGCCUGACCAUCCAGGAGACACACUCUGCCCACACCUUGGUCUUCAAGACCUCAGCCGUCGACAGGGACACAAUUGUUAAUUCUGUCCUGCUGGUCAGAUCACAAGCUUUGGGUGUCCAGCUGUCUACUUCUGUGUGAUCGGAGUCAGUACUUACAUGAUAUGUCCAUCUGGCACAUACCAGGAUGAGGUCAGGCAAUGGAGCUGUAAGCAGUGUAUGCAGGGUUACUACUGUGAUAACACAAACGGUCCGAUCACCAACUAUACAUACACUCACCGAAUGCCCAACUGGUCACUAUUGCCCCAAUGGCACCCAGACGUCCAACCAGCAUGCAUGUCCUGCAGGCACAUACAAUUACCAGACAGCCCUCACAGACGCAUCAGAAUGCACACCUUGUAUUGGUACCACAGUGGCCAACCCAACCCGUUGCACGACCCAAUAUCACUGUCCUGAGGGAAGCGCGGACCCAGUUGAAUGCCCUGCAGAUUCCUAUACCAGUCAGAGAACGCAAUGGGAAUGUGUUUCAUGUCCAGCAGGAUCCUACUGUAUAUAUGACUCAGUGACCACCAACAAAGUCAACUCAGUGAAGUUUGCCUGUCCCAAGGGCUGUUACUGUCCUGAGGGAACUGGCUAUGAAUGGCAGACCUGUCCCAAUGGAACAUUCAGCAAUAGCUUUUCUCUCAUCCAGCAGUCUGAGUGCACCGACUGUCUUGCCAGCAAGUACUGCAACACAGAGGGUGCCACAGCAGUCACGGGUGACUGUAACACGGGUCACUGGUGUCAGUCUGGUGUUGACAGGGGAGACCCCGAUAAUGAUGCUGAUCCCUCCACAUACAAUGCAACCUGUGGACUUGGGGUCAUACUGGAUAUGGUAGCCUUUGUCCCACGGGCACAUACUGUCCUCAGGGUUCAGAGGUACCCAUUGAUUGCCCCACUGGUAGGUUCCAGGAUGAAAUUGGACAGACCUUGACUGCAAAGGAUGCCCUGAAGAUGUGGAUAUUACUGCAUUAUUGGAGCCACUCAGCCCACACCAACUGUGGCCAGUCAGGGCGGGAAAUGUAAACUGGACGGUUCGGAAGGCUACACACAGGGCACCUACUGCCCAGGGGAACUAUAGUGCCCACAAUAUGUUCUGAAGGUUCAUACUGUCUCACUGAAAGACUACAUGAACCUGCUGGGCCCUGUGAUGCUGGUUACUGGUGUAUGAACGGCAGUGUCUGGCAGGAACCCUUUGAUGGAAACACCGGAGACAAAUAUCCCAAUAUUGUCCCCAGGGUAGUGGCAGUGGAACAUCAUUCCCCAUGGGCUAUUAUCUGAAUGCAGAGGGAAGCACUGCACUGUCAAGUUGUCAGAUUUGUACUCUAGGGGAUGGCAAAAUGGACUUCUCUUGACAUUUAGCAAAGUUCUUCACAAAUAUGGUGAUGAGCUCAGGACCAUUGGAAAAUUGCCAUGGAAACGAUAGACUGACCUUGGAGACAGAAGGACAAGC